GUUAAUGAUUGAACGACCCUUGCUUGUUGCUUGGGUUCACCUCUUGAAAUGACACGAGUUGUCAUCCACCUGGGCCAGCGGAGAGAAGGCGCAUCCAUCCAUCCAUCCAUCCAUCCCUUCCUUCCUUCCUUCCUUCUCCCCGUGGGCGAGCGCAGCCUGGUCUCCGUUCGUUUUGGACCUUCAUGCCAUCGCACCAAGAUCUAGCUCCGCCAAUUCCACAUGCAAUCCGAUCAUGGCAUCUGUCAAAAUUGAAUGUGUGGUGAAAGAGAAAUAUUCGGUUUCGGAAAGCCCUGUUUGGGAAGAGAAAGAAGGCACGCUUCUCUACGCCGAUGUCAGUGAACAGAAUGUGUACAGGUGGAAUCCUGAUACUAACCAAGUGAAAAAGGCCCAUCUUGAUGCACCUGUUGGUUCGGUGGUCCCUCGAAGUUCCGGGGGCUACGUCCUUGCCCUUGGAAAAAGGUUUGCCUUUUUGGACUGGGAAGAUGAGGUGGUUACUGACAUCUCCAAGAUCGACUGCGAAAAAUCCAACAACAGAUUCAAUGAUGGCAAGGUUGACCCAGCCGGGCGGUUCUUUGCAGGGACAAUGGCAAUGGAGGUUCUCCCGGGACAAUUUGAAAGGCACCAGGGAUCACUUUAUGCCCUACGGACGGAUCAUUCUGUGGUGAAACACUUUGACCAGGUGGAUGUUUCCAAUGGUUUAGCAUGGUCGUUGGAUCACAGCAUCUUCUAUUAUAUAGACAGCUUGUCGUUUACUGUUGAUGCGUUUGACUACAAUCUGCAGUCAGGAGAGAUCUCAAAUCGAAGGGUCGUCUACCGGCUCGAACAAGAUGAGUCUAUACCGGAUGGGCAGUGCAUCGACAGUGAAGGGAAGCUCUGGGUUGCCUGUUACAACGGUGGCAGAGUCCUUCGUAUUGACCCGGAGACAGGUGAGGAAGUCACGAUGGUGUAUUUGCAUUUAGUUCAUCCUGAACAAGUGCCUGGGAUGGAUUACAGCGUGGGUUCACCAGGUUAAUUCCCGGGAUGGCGGGACUGUCAUAUGUCGAUAGAGUGGAGCGGCUGGGUCUGUAUACUCUGGAAUUUGGAAG